AUGGGUCCAUACAAUCAAUAUUCACAACAAUCGGGAACAUAUGCUUCCUCGACUAGACAACAAACAAAUAAUAGCAGCAGCGGAGUAACAGGCGGAUAUACACAAAAUGGUAGUAGCACUGGUGGUGGUCAUAAAAGCAAUGGAAAAAGUUCAGGAUCAACAUCAAGCACAAGUUCGUCAAGUUCUUACGAUUACAAACGAUAUCCAGCUGGUUCGAACUCACAGAAAUACGGCGGACCAGCAGCUGGCGGUGUAAGUGGUUAUUAUGAGCAACAACAGUUUAGUUCAGGUGCUGCUGUUGGAGCUGCUGGAGCAGCUGGAGCUGCAGGUGGAGCAAAUUAUGCCGCUUAUAGUGGUUAUGGCGAAUCUCAAUGCGGCAGUGAAGGUGGUUAUGAUAAUUCAGGUGAUAUGUAUCUUCGUCGUCGUCAAGGCCGUAUUCGUCGACAAGCUAUUCGUUUACCAGAUCAACCAGGUGCUGUGCGACAAGUUCGACAUCGAAUGCCUACACCAGAGCCCGACAUUUUGGAACGUGUCUAUAUUCGUCGUCAACCAGGCGAAAUUGUGGAAGAAAUCAUCGAGGAGCCAAUGACACCGCCACCUCGUGUUCAAGAACGUACUGUUGUAGAACCAUGUGGACCACCGCAAGUCGUACGUAAAGUCAUUCGUGUGCCACCUCGUGGACAAGGAUAUCAACAUCAACAACAAGAUACACUCAAUCAAUACGGAAGCUCCAGUGGUGCGAAUGCACCCGUCGCUGGCGGUGGUGCUUAUGGAGCUGGCUAUGGACAAUCCGGACAAGCUUAUAGUGGCACAAGUAGCUACAAUCAAUCGAGCAGUGCUAUUGGCACGCAACAACCAGGACCGCAAGGCUACGGCCAAACUGGCUAUGAACGAUACCAAGGACCAGCACAAGCACGCGGUGCUCAGUAUGGUUACAAUGCACCAAACGCUCAAGGUAUUGCUAGCACUGGCAUGUAUCCACCACAACCAAUUCCACCACCACCUGGUCUUCCACCUAAUGCUUUCUGCUUUGAAACUGGUGGUCCUGGCGCUCCACCUCAAGCUCCACCAGCACCAUAUCCACCUCAGCCAGCUAUUCCACCAUUCGGUUCGGCUCUUCCAGGUUUUGGACCAGCUCCAGGCUAUGGUGCUCCUCCAAGCUAUGCGCCACCACCAAGUUAUGCGCCACUCCCAAGUUAUGCUCCACCACCAAGUUAUGCUCCACCUCCAAGCUUUGGUCCACCUCCAAGCUUUGCACCACCUCCUAGCUUUGCACCACCACCUAGCUUUGCACCACCACCUAGCUUUGCACCACCACCCAGCUUUGCACCACCCAGUUUCGGUGCAGCCCCGGGAUUCGGCGCUGUCCCUAGCUUUGCCGCGCCUCCAGCCUAUGGCGGCGGUUUCGGCGGCGGACAACUAAGUAGUAUUGCUAGUUAUGGUGCAGGCACUAGCUUUGGCGGUGCUCCUUAUGGUGCAGCAGGUUUAGCAGGCUAUGGUGCGAGUCCAUUCUCUGGAGGUUUCAGCGGCGGCGCACUUGGCGGAUUCGGCGGCGGUAUUCCAAAUGGAUUAGGUUCAUAUGGUGCUCCCAUCGGAGGAAUGGGAGGUUUCGGUCAAGCUGCUCUACCAUAUGGCGGUAGUUUUGCUGGUGCUUCACCAUUCGCUGGUGGAGCUUCGUUCGGAGGUCUACCAUAUGGCGGUGGAUCAUUUGGAGGAGGUGCCUCAUUUGGAGGCGGUCUUCCAUUUGGCGGCGGCUCUUUUGGCGGUAUCAAUCCAUGUGCACCACCAAUGCCACCACCAAUGCCGUGUCUACCACCAAUGCCAAUUGCACCACCACCAAUGCAAAUGCCGUGCCCACCACCAAUGCCGCCUCCAAUGCCGUGCCCACCACCAAUGCCACCUCCAAUGCCAUGCUUGCCGCCACCAAUGCCAAUGCCACCUCCAAUGCCAUGCUUGCCACCACCAAUGCCAAUGCCCCCACCAAUGCCAUGCUUGCCACCACCAAUGCCAAUGCCACCACCAAUGCCAUGCUUGCCACCACCAAUGCCAAUGCCACCACCAAUGCCAUGCUUGCCACCACCAAUGCCGAUGCUUCCAGCACCACAACAAGCGCCAAUUAUUCAACAGGUACCAUGUCCAGUACCGGUACCCGUACCACAACAGGUUCCAUGUCCUGUUCCUGUACCAGUACCACAGCCACAACCGUGUCCUGUUCCAGUGCCUGUUCCAGUUCGGGAAUGUGUACCAGUACCACAACCAUAUCCUGUUCCUGUACCUGUACCAGUUCAAUCGAGUCAAGUUCAACAAGUGCCUGUACCUGUUCCUCAACCAUGUCCAGUGCCAGUUCCUGUGCCUGUCGAACGCAUUGUUUGUCAACCUGUCUGUAUACCUGUUCCACAGCCAGUACCGCAGCCAUGUCCAGUACCAGUACCACAACCGUGUCCUGUACCUGUUCCAGUUCCAUCAAGUCAAGUUCAACAAGUACCGGUACCUGUUCCACAGCCAUGCCCAGUACCUGUUCCACAACCAUGUCCAGUUCCAGUCCCUGUUCCUGGUCCUGUUCAAUGUAUACCUGUACCUGUGCCUGUGCCUGUACCUCAGCCACAACAACCACAAUGCCUACCGCAAAUGCAAAUGCCAAUGCCAAUGCCAUGUGCACCACCACCAAUGCCAAUGCCAAUGCCAAUGCCAUGCGCACCACCACCAAUGCCGAUGCCAAUGCCGUGCGCGCCACCACCAAUGCCAAUGCCAAUGCCAUGCGCGCCACCACCAAUGCCAAUGCCGUGCGCACCACCACCAAUGCCAAUGCAAAUGCCAUGUGCACCACCACCAAUGCCAAUGCCAUGCCCACAAAUGCCUAUUGCACAACCAGCAUGUCCAAUGCCCAACCCCUGUGCCUCACUCGGUGGCGGAUUGGGUGGAUAUGGUGGCAUGUUCCCAUCAUUAGGAGCCAGUGGACUUCUCGGUGGAGGUCUAGGUGCUUAUGGUGGAGGACUCGGUGGCCUCGGAGGAUUCGGAGGCGGUUUAGGUGGCUUCGGAGGAGGCUUGGGAGGAGCUCCUCUCUGUGGUGUACCUAUUGGUUUCGGCGUGACAACAACCGUCGGUGGACUCAAUCCAUACACAGACGAUAUCUAUGGCGGAGGAAUUGGUUAUGGAGCAUCACUUGGCUAUGGACCAACUGGCGUUCCACCACCAGGUGUUGCUGGCGUUUCAGGUGCGUUCAAUCGGGCAUUACAUCGUGGUCCCUAUCGUCGACCAUAUUAA